AAGCCAACUUCAUACCUGACAACCACCAUCUCCAUAGCAGAGUCCGUGCAACCGCACUGUACUUUUGCUUGCUUGCUUAGGCCUUUCGUCUGCUCUUUACGCGCCUCUUCACGUCCCACAACACCGGGAACUCUUCUGUGGUACAUUGCUCCUCGAUCAGACUACUUACCCACAAGUCGUUGGCUGUCCACUGACUCUUGAGAUACCAAUAUUCAUCCGGGCAGAAUAAACUUCCAGUAUAAACAGUACACAUUGUCCCUUCACUCGGCUAUCUAUUGGUCUUCUUGACCUGAAUAGACAUCCAACAUGGACGACGAAACUGCAGAGAUCGAGUUGCUCGAGCAGAACCUCAACAAGACGCGUCAAAUCUCCCAACGCAUGACUUCCAUCUUGUCCAGUUUCGACACAAGACUAGUCAAACUCGAGAAGUCUAUCUUACCAUUGUAUAACUCCACGCAAGUCUUAAACCGUCGAGGCGGCAAUAUUGAAGCUGCGUUGUUGAAGAUUGACGAGAUUGCGAGUAACCAAGAAGGCAUCGCUGCCGAGGAAGCUCUCAUCCUACGCGGGCCUCAGCCUGGACAGUGGGAAGAGUACAAGGAUGUACUCGAAAGGCUGAACGCCAGCGUAGCAUUCAAGUCCAUUGAUCGGGACCAGCGAGAUACAGCUCGACUCGUCGAGACAGGUGUCAAGAAACUUACACAGCUGUAUACCAAGCUCGUCGCAGAAGGCUCUUCAGGUGUAGCUCUGAACGGGCCUGACUUUGAGUUCUCACCUUUCCCGUCCAACCUUCGUUCUGCUCUCAUUCCCCUGGUCACAUUCCUCCGCACGCUCCCCCUUCCUCCAACUCAUCCUUCACAUCCCGCUGCUCCUGCUAUUCAACAAACAUUGAAAGAAGGCCAGAAGGGCUAUGCUGACAUGCGAGGGUCGUGGAGUAAGAAGUGUUUGGAAAAUUAUGGUCGACGAGUUGUUGACCGCGCAGAAACUAUUGAUGGGAUUGCUGCAGGGAAGGAGUUUGGGAAGUGGGUGAAUGACCUAAUCAGCGUCGCGGAGGCCGAGUAUUCAUUACUGCUCGAAUUGGCUCCUCUCUCGACCCCAUCAGCGAUUGAGUCGGCAUACGCAACCCUCAUCUCUCCUCUUCUUUCUAUCUUCACAAGCACCCUAUCCUCCCUAAGCGCUCUCAUCAAGCGUUCCCUGCACAAGUAUACUUUCCUUGCGCUCUCUGUCUAUUCCAGUCUCUCAUCCGCGCAAACACGAUGGGAGGAAGUCAUGUGUCGUCGAGCCAAUAGACGAGAGAACGAGUUGAAGGAUGGGUUGCACUCGAUCAGGGCUUCGGUGUUGAGAAGCUUCCCUGAAUUCAUUGCAGAUAUUAGGGCCGCUGCGCUGGGUAAGAGUGGGGAGUUGAGUACUGGGUUGACAGACUUCACACUUUCGACUAUUCAAUAUAUGGAACGAUUGCCCGAAGUCCAGGAUGCUGUUGCGUCUGCCCUCUUGACGCUUGGUGACGGCAACUGGAAGAUGGGUGAGGGUGUCCAGGUGGGUAAAGGUACGAAGCCAACAGAAGUUAACGAGCGAACGAUCCUGGAGCACUAUCUGUUCGAUGUCAUAAACACCGUCAUUAGUAGUCUUCUCACCCUUUCGCGAACCAACAAACGUCCCUCCUUCGGGUCAAUCUUCCUGCUCAACAACGUCUCCUACAUCCGUACCCACCUCCUUGUCCAACCCCGCACUGACAUCCCGUCACUCCUCUCCAAACCUGUCCAAGACAGUCUCAACUCAAACUUCCGUACCGCCAAAGCCGCAUACUUUGACUCCAACUUCUCUCCUUUGAUGCAAACGUUGACUGAGGAUAAGGGUCAGAGUAAGAGUGCGGCGAAAGAGAAGUUUACGCGAUUCUUUGAUUUAUUAGAGGAAGUUGCUGAGAGACACCGGCUUGCGAGGGUGUUGCAGGACGAUAGGGAAGGACGGGAAACGAUGUGCGACGAGGUUGUGAAGUUGGUCGUUCCGUCGCUGCAGAGGUUCACUCAGCGAAAUACGGGAAAGGAGUUUAGCAAGAAUCCGCAGAAGUAUAUCAAGAUGUCCAUUGAGGAAGUCGAAUCCCUGAUUCGCAGCUUCUAUGCUGACAGCGAUGGCAAGGCGCCUCCUCCUGCAGAACGAGCUGCGAACAACCUUCUCAUUCAAGCUGGUUGGAGUCGAUAACCUUUCCCCUUGUUUUCUUCGGCUUUUCGUUAUUGUAGUUUUCACAUCUUUCAGAUGUAUGUAUAGUACUGUAAUAACUAGCAAGUGAUUGUCAGAACAGCGACUUCUGAGCCUGUGAUAAUCUUUCUGUAACC